AUGAUUUUUACUGGCCGGCGCCUCCAGGUCCUCGUUGGCUCUGUAAUUGUUUCACUAGGAUCGGGUACAAACUAUGCAUAUUCCGCCUAUGCUCCCCAACUGGGGGAUGCUCUUCACAUCAGUCACACCCUUGUCAACGUAGUCGGGCUCGCGGGGAACAUGGGUGUUUAUUUUACAUCUCCUCUCGUUGGACGACUAGUCGACUUGCGUGGACCGAGAAUCCUGCUAAUAUCAGCCUUUUUUCUCCUUCUAACUGGAUACUAUGGGAUCAAGUACUACUUUGACCAGGCGGUGACGCCUUCGACCAUCGAAUUCUUAUUGCUUUGCCUCGCGUCUUUUGCGACGGGUGUAGGAGGAAAUGCGGGUUUUACAGCGGCAAUGAAUACCACCGCAAAGUCGUUUCCGGACCGGAUGCGAGCGACGACGACAAGCAUCGUGGCGAGUGGAUUCGGACUGUCCGCUUUCUUCUUCUCCACACUAGCACACACCAUGUUCCCCGGUAAAACCUCUGGUUUCCUCCUCGUUCUCUCGAUCGGGACAUCGAUACCAAUGCUCAUCGGACUCGCUACGGUGCGAGUCGUACAACACCCUGAAGGAAUCACCAUACAGUCACAUACACAGCCGCGACACAGUAUUGAAGUCGUGCCGGAGCGCGAUGAGCGGCGACACUCGCAAACAUGGGAAGUAUACACGCCCGUAGUCGGAUUGGGCGGCUAUGAAAGACUCGAACAGAGUGAAAUCGACGACGAGUUACUCGAGGCGUCUGUAUCGCAACCGUUUCUCUCUCGUGGGGCGUCGUCGACUGAACAGCUGGUGCGAGGGGGAUCCGCAGAACCCGACGUCGAGCUCUCUCCUGGUCGUAGAGUGCACGCCCAUACACCAGAUAUCCAGGAGCGUGUACGACACUCGCGAAGUCGCUCGCACAGCGGCGCUCGUCCGCAUGAGCAUCCAGACGUUCAUGGUUGGGCACUGCUCCGCAACUCGAAUUUCUGGGUACUGUUCUGUAUUAUGUGCUGCUUGAGCGGGACAGGGUUGAUGUAUAUUAAUAAUGUAGGGUUGAUGGCUCAGGCGCUGUUCGCGCGAGGAGAUCCCAAGUUUGAUACCGUGGAAUCAGCACAGUGGCAAGCGGCUCAGGUAUCGAUUACGAGUAUUGCAAACUGUCUUGGACGUGUGAUAUUCGGGUCCAGCGCCGAUGUGGGCAAGAAUCGUUAUGGACUGCGGCGGUCAUACUUUAUUAGUGGAAUCAGCUUUACGUUUAUUGUGUCCCAAAUUGCGCUGUACAAUGUCGAGAGCGUACAGACGCUCUGGAUUGCGUCUGCGCUGCUCGGAUUGGGCUAUGGGGGAAUGUUUGGGCUGUUUCCGACGAUAAUGAUCGAGUUUUUCGGACUAGGGCACUUUUCUCAGAAUUGGGGGUUUCUGUGCCUAUCGCCGAUUAUCGCGAGCAACCUGUUCAACCUUGCGUUUGGGCGAAACUUGGAUGCGCACUCGAAACCAAUUGAAGAUGUGCACGUGCGACGAGGGGGGAUGCCAGAUGCGACACACUUGUGCCUCGAGGGGCGACUUUGUUAUGUCGACAGCGUCAAGAUGACGCUUGUUGCAUGCGUGGUUGCACUUGGACUGAGCAUCUAUGGUGCGCUACAAGAUAGGAAGCGAGGAGAAGUAGAGGUUGCGAGUCGAGAAGUUGUGUGGGCUGGGGAAGGUGAAGAGGAUGGUUAA